CGUCAGCUUUGUUUACGUGGUGACGUGUACCGGAUGACGUGCUAACAGACCUGCUGGUAUUACAGACAGACGUUAGCAGUUAGCAGUUAGUGUCGGUUAAGCUGGUUUAUUGACUGUAGUGUCCGGUUAACCUGGUCAAGCCGUUUAUUAACGGGUAGUUUACCUCAGUUACCAUAGAAGAAGAAACAUGAGUCCUCCCGCGGAGUCAGCCUGAACACCUGCACCUUCACCUGCCGACAGGAGUUGAGCUCAGAGUUCAUCUUGUUGUCUCUCUCAGUAACUAUGGCGACUCCUAAUGAUCUACACUUCCAAGAGUUUGAGGAAGCAGCAGAGCUGUUGUCUGCUGACCCCGGAGCCUCCACACUCAGCAUGACCUCCUCUAAAACCUCCACCACUACAGCAGGAGGAGCAGGAGGAGCAGGAGGAGCAGGAGGAGGGGAGGAUGUAAAACUAGAGCUGUCAGAGGAUGACGAGGGUCAGGAGGAGAGUUCAGAGCUGCUGGGAGGACAGAAAGCCUCCGGAGGAUUCUGGACCUUUGAGUACUAUCAGUCCUUCUUCAACGUGGACACCAUGCAGGUUCUGGACAGAGUUAAAGGUUCAGUGAUGCCGUUACCUGGGAGAAACUUCAUCAAACACCACCUGAGGAGUAACCCUGAUCUAUAUGGUCCGUUCUGGAUCUGUGUGACUCUGGUGUUCUCCGUAGCGAUCAGUGGGAACCUGUCCACCUUCCUCAGUGAGAUGGGGAACCCUCUGUACCACUACAGACCCCAGUUCCACCGAGUGACUAUAGCAGCGGUGGUGAUCUUCCUGUACGCCUGGCUGGUGCCCGUCGCUCUAUGGGGUUUCCUGAGCUGGAGGCAAGGGGCUGAGAGGCAGAUCGGAGGCUACUCCUUCCUGGAGACGGUGUGCGUCUACGGCUACUCCCUCUUCAUCUACAUCCCCACCUCGGUUUUGUGGAUCAUUCCAUUCGAGUGGCUUCGCUGGACGCUCAUUCUGGUUGCCAUGGUGAUCUCCGGCUCCGUCCUGGUGCUCACCUUCUGGCCGGUUGUCCGUGACGACACCAAGCUGAUGGCGGUGGCGACGGUGAUGACCAUCGUGGUUCUUCACACGCUGCUGGCCGUCGGCUGUAAGAUGUAUUUCUUCCAGACUGCAGUUCAAACAGCAGCCGACCCGACGACCCCCCCGAUCACUCUGGCCACCAAAACACCCUCCUGACCAGCAGACUGGAGGCUGAGCUGCUCUCUGAUUGGUCCACGUCUGGAGGUGUUGCUCUCUCAAUCAUCCUGCUGGUUCUACUGCUGGUUCUACUGCUGGUUCUACUGCUGGUUCUACUGGGACUCUAGUUCACCACGAUAACUCUACAUUUCUACUGUGAUGUGUCAGGAUGUGGUGCAUGGCUUCCUUUAAACAUUCUGAUAAGACUUUAUAUCAGGGAACACAUAUUCAACAUUAAUUAGCUGCUUAUUAGAAUUAAAAUAAGCAACAUAUUGGCUCUUAAUGAGUCAUUAUUAACCCUUUGAUGCCCAACAACAUGCUCUAAAGUGACCCAACUAAGUUUUUAUAUUCUAUAUCUUUGCAAUAAAUUAAUUUCAUCAUUCAGUAUUGCAGGUUUUCCUCAAAUAACUUGUUUUUGAUCAUCAAACAUCCACAUUUUUUGUUUUCAUUUCUUACUUUUUGAAUAAAACCUUUUUUUUAUCACUACUCUUCUAAUGCACAAGGUGAUUUCUGACCCAUGUUGGUCAUUAGAAGGUGUUUAUAUGUUGUCACCAAUUUAAAACCUGACAAAGAAGACACAAAUAUUAACUAUCCUAGUUUGUUAAAUUGGUGUUUUUUCCAAUGGAAAUUAUUAUUUGGUGCCUCUAAUAAGUCUCAAAUGUUAAAAUAUGUGAUUUUUCUAAUGUAAUCUGGUGGUUCUAACAACUCUUUUAAAGUUAAACCUUCAAAAUAAGACAAACAUAGUUACACAUAUACUCACAUUGUUCAUUUAGUGAAUCACUUUUUGUAUCACUACUCUUCUAAUGCACAAGGUCAUUUUAGACCCAUGUGUGUAAACUUGAUGUAAUAAUACAAAAACUAUUUUUCUUCAUAAAGUAUGAAAGAAAAAAUGGAUAUAAUGAUCUGUUGGAAUUAAAAAAAAGAUAAUCAAACACACAGCAGCAUUAAUAACAUGAAGGGAAUGAAUGUUGUACAUUAGGUGUUUGUGUUGAACAUUAAAGGGUUAAUGCCUUAUUAUACAACCAGUAAGACAUUAACUAAGAGUUUUCCCUCAAUAACCUCAGAAUUAUUGAUUAUUAGUAGUGAGUAAGGAAGUUGUUGUAUAUGAGUUAUGAUCUUAAUAUGCUUUACUUUAUAUGGACUUUAUAAUCUCUACAUAGAGAUUAGAUUAUAAUGUAAAUCAUUACUCUACAA